UUUUGGGCGUCGAAGUCAAGGCUGUAUACGAAGGACCAGUGACUGUCUGACCCUUGAGGCCUCGGAAAUGAUUGUGAUUGACUUUCCUGAUGCAGCCUCCAUGAAGUCAGCCAGUAAUGCCCGUGCAGUGGUCUCAUCCUCCCAUAUAGAACUAUUGCUUAAUGAUGGGCAAGCCCCCGAUAGAAUCAUGAGGAGAAUGAAUUCAGACAGUGUAAUAGAACAGAUGCAAGAAGGCCUGGCAUGUAGCAGCAAUUCGUCCCUGGGUGUGGGUGAUCACUGUCAGCCGCCUGGUGGACUGGAACAUCCAGGCAUCAAGCGGUUCUCAAGGGCCAGCGAUACAUCCAGUAUAUACUCGGGAUCUGAUAUGAUGCACUCAUCUCUGGAUGAUUUAGACGUGCAGGACGUGGAUCUCAGUGGCCUGACCAAGAGUUUGGCAGGCUCCGAUGAUGAGGAAGGAUAUGCUGAGUCUGCUGAGACUUUUUCCAUCCGAGAUGCAGAGAGGGACUGUUUAGAAAAAGAGCCAUCAGAACGCACAGAAGAGGACAUUCAAGUGCUUCUUAAUUUUACCCAGCACUUGAAGGCUUUCUCCAAUAUGACAGAGCACACUCGCCGUCUGUUGUGUGAGGUGAUGGUUUUUGCCAUCGUCCCUAAGGAAGGGACCAUCGUCAUGAAGGAAGGGGAGGAGUUAGACUCUUGGUCGGUCAUUCUUAAUGGAGAAGUGGAAAUUACACGGUCAAAUGGUGCCAAAGAAAGAUUACAAAUGGGGGAUAGUUUUGGAAUCAGCCCAACUAUGGAGAAGCUGUAUCACCAGGGGGUCAUGAGAACCGUAGUCAAUGACUGCCAGUUUGUUUGUGUGGCCCAGUCCAGUUACUAUAGGAUCCUCCACCAGGGCGAGGAGAAUAUAAAACGACAUGAAGAGAAGGGCAAAGUCGUGAUGGUAACAGAGCACAGGGAGCUGGAUGGAGGUGAAAGGAAAGGUCAUAUAGUUAUCAGGGGAACCAGUGAAAGACUGAUGCAGCAUUUGAUAGAAAGCCAUUCUGCAAUAGACCCUAACUAUGUGGACGACUUCCUGCUUACCUACCGCACAUUUCUCAGUAGCCCUUUAGACUUGGUCAAACGGUUGCUGGAGUGGUUCCAGACUGAUGAACUGAAGACCAGUGUAACCCGGGUAGUCUUGCUGUGGGUAAACAAUCACUUUAACGAUUUUGAGACCAACCCGGACAUGUGUGAUUUCCUCGAACACUUUGAAUGCCUGUUGGAGCGUGAGUCAGAAAUUGACUUUGAGAAAAUGAUGGGCCAGCUAAGCUUGUUAAACAUGGCAUGUGCUGCCAAGGCAAGGGUGCGAACUGUAACCCUUACGAGAGCCACCCGGGAAGAAAUGCUCAAUUUCUCUAUACUGGGCGGGUUGGAGAGAAACCAUGGCAUUUUUGUUACAAAAGUCCAACCUGGAUCAAAGGCAGCAGAAGCAGGCCUCAAGAGAGGUGAUCAGAUCCUGGAGGUAAAUGGCCAGAAGUUUCAGCAGAUUUACUACAACAAGGCCCUGGAAAUACUUAGGGGCACAACACAUCUGUCCAUCACAGCCAAGUCAAACUUGCAAGAGUUCAAGGAAAUGUUACGAGCUUCAGAGAAGGUCACCCCUCGUAAAGUCAAGCGAGACGAUGGAAAUGUACCCAACCCAAAACAAAGACUCUCAGUACCCGACCUUGACUCCUCAGUGCCCAUGUUCCACUUGGAUUUAGCCGAUGACAAGAAAGUUGAGAAGCGUGGGGGGAUAUUUGGUACCAACUCUCGCCUGCGGAAAGCAUUGACUCGAAUAAACAUUAUACCUAAAAACUUAAAUGGCAAAGAGACCGCUUCCAUAAACCACUCAGAUGAAAGCCUGUACUCGAAGCCCUCCAGGAAGUCCUCCACAUCCUCCUCCUCAUCCAAUCCUGGCAGUACCUUGAGCAGUCAUUUAAGUGCAAGUAAUCCGGAUAUCACAUUAGCUGGGCUCGGAGUGGAUGUCCGCAGUGAUGUGCCGGAGCAUGCAGUCAAAGUAUUCCGAUCCGACCAGUCUUUCAAGUACUUGUUGAUUCAUAAAGAGACUACGGCGAAGGAAGUGGUGAUGCUUGCACUGCAAGAGUUUGGUGUUACGGAGCCUAGCUGUAACUUUUCCCUGUGUGAGGUCACAGUUGAGAUGGAAAAGUUUGUGAAAACCAAACGUUUACCAGACUGCCUCAACAACCUACCGGAAAGAUUAAAUCUCAACGGACGGUAUUACCUCAGGAACAACCUGGUCACAGAGCAGCUGGUCCCCGAUGACCUCAUUGGGCAGCUGUUGGCUGAGAGCCAGAUCAGCUUGCUACAGCUGAAUACACACGAACUAGCAUGGCAGCUGACCCUCAAUGACUAUCGUGUGUUCCGGGAGAUCGAGCCCACAGAAUAUGUGGAUGAUCUGUAUGGGCUGGAAUCUAAAUACGGGUGUCAGCAGCUUCACAAGUUUGCAGAACUGGUGAACAAAGAGAUGUUUUGGGUUAUAACUGAGAUCUGCAGUGAAAACAAUCUAGUCAAGCGAACCAAACUGCUGAAGCACUUUAUUGAAAUUGCAAAACACUGUAAGGAUUCCAAGAACUUUAAUUCCAUGUUUGCCAUCUUGAGCGGCCUGGGCCACGGGUCUGUUUCCCGUUUGAAGAUGACUUGGGAGAGAUUACCUGGCAAAUAUUGUAAACUGUUUGAGGAUCUACAAUCAUUGAUGGAUCCUUCACGCAAUAUGGCCAAGUACCGUAAUCUCAUCAACAGUGAGCACGUACAACCCCCUUAUAUUCCAUUUUAUCCAGUCUUCAAGAAGGAUCUGACUUUCAUCCACCUUGGCAAUGAUUCCUUUAUAGAUGGGCUCAUCAACUUUGAGAAGCUACGUAUGAUUGCCAAGGAGGUUAGACACAUCUGCAACAUCUGCUCCACUAAAUAUGAUUCCAGUAGCAUGUUCCUCAGCACCAACAGCACCUUCCAGAGCACCCUGGUCUCAGGCAUGACCACACUGAAGCGCACAAAAAACAGAAGAGGCUCUGCAUUGCCCAACGCCAAGAAAAUGUAUGAAGAGGCACAGAUGGUCCGCCGAGUCCGGUCGUACCUCAGCAAUAUACCCAGUAUUACAGACGAAGACAAGAUCACAGAACUAUCCAAUCAGUGUGAAACUCCAGUUAAAAGGAGAGACCAGUCCCCUAGUGUCAACAAUUCACCUAACAUGGAGGAUAAGAGGGUCUUGUCAGCGCUGGGACCAAAGUUUGGUGCCGAAUCCCCUGGCGCGGUGCGCAAACUGAUGGCACUUUCUGACAAAGUGAAGCCCCACGAUCCCAGAAUUCCAGUGGGGAAGCUCGCCAGUCCUGUCAGUAACCGCAAGGGGCCUGCACCCAAGUCACCCAGGAUUGGCCCCUCUCGGCCGAUACCUGUCAAUUUGACACCUGAAAGUUCAUGCUUGGGUCAAGGGCCAAGGAAACAGCAAGAUAGAAUGG